UGUGAAUGGCAGUUUGCUAGCGCAUGGUUUACGUAAACUUUUAAGUGUCGAGUUUUGUAUAAAAAUUGGCAAUUAAUUGUGGUUUGUCAGCUUAAAUUAAGUGUGAAUAAGCAUGGCGACAAAUCUAACACGUUUGCUGGAGUCUAGCAUACGCAGCACCAAUGCAGCAGCAGUGCAAAGCAGUAUGCGGCUUUUUAGCAACCAGCAGCAGCAGCAUCAGCCUGAAGACGACGAUGAGGAGUUUCGAGUGCUUAAUCUACGCACGAUCAGGCAGCAGGCGCGCCGGCGGGAGUUCAAGAAGGAGGCAGUGCAGCCGCCACGCACAAAACGCAUGGCUGUCGAUCAGGAUUGGAGCGCAGUCUGGUCGGGACCCCGAUCCUUUCAUCCGGCUAGUGUGCCGCUGCCACUACGCCAGGGCUACACGGAACGUGGGGCAGCAGCGCCGUCUAAGUACGCCAACGCUGAGCUGAUGAAAAUACCAAAUUUCUUGCACCUGACGCCACCGGCCAUCCGGCAGCAGUGCGAGGCAAUCAAAAAGUUUUGCACGCCUUGGCCAAAGGGCCUCGAGACAGAGGCAAAAUGGAAGCGCACCUUUCCCCUGGAAGUGGUUACCAGCGACUAUUGUCAUAGUUUGCCUACCAUACGAAAUCCGGAGGCACGUCGCGUCAAGAUUACGCUAAAGCUCUCCGAUCUCCAGUUCGAUGCGCAUGCCAAGGAUAAAUUCCUGCGACUUGUAGGCGAGCGAUUUGACCGGGAGACCGGCCUGCUCACCUUCGUCACCGAUCGCUGUCCGACGCGCAAGCAGAACUACGAUUAUGCCUUAUAUUUGUUGACUGCUUGUUAUCACGAGUCCUUUGUCACAGAACCCUGGGAGGCAAGCAAGUCUGAGGCGGACAUGGAGCAAUAUCUGUUCGAACGGAAUCAGGCAAAACGCUCAGCGGAGGCGAUUCUUAAUUGGAAUGCGAGCAGAGAGGAGAAAGUUUCGCCUCCUUCUGGAUAUGCUGAGAGUGUGGAGCAGUUAAUAAAUGAGGGCGAGAACGAGUACAACAUAGCCAAGUAUAAGGAAGAGGUGCUCAAGUUGCUUAAGAUAGCCAUCUAGUUGGCAUUUGCAUUAAAAUAAAAAAUAAACAAAAAACCAA